UGUUGGAAUUCAUUAAACGUUUUACUGCACAACCCGAGCGACGUACGAGACGACGUACCCCGUACAGCAGUUAGAGCAGAUCCCGAGAGCUCCGUCGCACACAAAUCUUUCGUCUUCACACUCACAUCACCAGCAGCAGCAGCAGCAGCAGCAGCAGCAGCGGCAGUAGCAGAAGCUCAAUCAACCAUCAAUAUGAAAUUUUUAGUCACCAUUGCCACCCUCUGCCUGUGCCUGGCGUACGUAGCCGGACAGCAAUACUUUUUGGGACAGUUCCCGAGCUCCCGGGCACGCUUUGGAUUCGAUCCCCUGUCCCUAGCCCCUGCCUCAUCCGCGACACAACAGGUUCGGGAUCCCCGACAGAACAGAGGCCCCGUUGUGUUCCCCCCAUCCCCGCCAGAUGCAGUCGACGAGUCCAGCGGCGUGGUUGUGGGUGCCUCCGGCUAUGGAUUUGUGCCGCCCCAGCAAAGAAGAGUCACUGGUUAAACGUAACACGAAUCGUAAAUGUGUAAUUAAUACAAAAGCUUUAUACACCACACUCCUACACACACACACGCACACACACACACACUCACACAGAUGCACAUGCACCCGCACCUGCACUCGAGUGCACUCGCAACACCAGCACCGGAAACGGAAAUGCGUCCCUCUUUUUUAGCUAAUUACAAACAGACAAUGAAACAAAUGAACGAAAACCCAACCAAACACUUAACCACCCACAACUCCACAUUAAUUACCCCCAUCCUACACCUACUCCCAUUCCGCCACCCUCUCCCAACAGCACCUAACUUUAGUUAGUUUAAUUAGCUUGAAAAAAACAAACUAAAAGUUAACUGCAUAUUUUUAAUUGUUUCGUUUUUUAUACUUUGACUUAUGAUUUCUGCUUGAUUUUUCUUAUUUAUAUUUCAAAUUGGAAUUGUAUUAUAAUUGUUUUGCUUUUAUUUUAUUUUUACUUUUAUUUUAUUUGUAACCCCAAAAAAGGGCAAAAUUUUAAUUAUAAAUAAAAAGAAAAUUACCAUUAAAAAACAGAGAAAACAAAUCGUAUCACGUAUCCCUGGCAAAAGUAUUUUAAUGUUUGCCAAACAAAUUCUUUGCAUUUUCAAAUUCGUUUUGCAUACAAUUUUGUUUUGUUUUGGUUUUUAUUUUUGCGCAUUUUCCGUUUGUCAAUGCACCAUAUUUUGAGCUAUAUCUGUUCUGUGAUCACUUUUAUAGCAAUUAUUUUAAGCGCACAUAAAACUAGCGCCUAAUUAACAGCUCCGAUUCGAUCCGAUCCGGCUUUGAAGUGCGGCGGCUUCACAAAUUGAAACAGUCGUGUGGGAGACGACGGGUGUCGGGGCAGACGGACGGAAGCAGCGAAAUUCAUCGAGUGUGACCGGGUCGACCUGGGGAUGCUCUUCACACAUGAGAGGAGCGUAGCCACAACCACAUCUAGAUGCAAAUGGAAAUGCUUCAACGAUUAUGUUAAGCAAAUCGUUGCGAAGUAAGAAAUCUUUACGGAGUGUGCAGUUCCAUCUGCAGCCCGAGGCGGAAGCUAUGCCAAGAUCUAACAGCAAAUGUAAUACCUUCAGCUGAAGAAGAGAAUACUUUUAAAGAGUUUCUUUAACGAUCCGAAGCCAGGCAGAGGCAGGCUGACACGCGGACAAGGCAGAAGCAGGUGCUGGCACAACAAUCAACAGUCAGACCACAAAUGGCACUCUUGUGCCCGUGCCGUAGUCUCAGCGGAGUCAGCCACAGACCCAAUGAGCCAAUGAGCAGCACACACUUGCACCUGGAACACACAGAGACUCGGAGACAGAGAGACAUCGAGACAUCGAGACAUCGAGACAGACCUGGGACCCAGACAGAGUCAAUGAUAUGCGCGACUAAUGCGACUUUUGCUUUGCUUUUACCGCAUGCAAAAUAUGUUUGCAGUUUAUUUUCGAUCUUGUUUUUUUUUCUGCUAGUUUUUUGCAUAUCGAUAGAAACAGAAAUGGAGCAACUUUUUCUGUGUGUACUGGAGGAGGACUUGGCUUGGACCCAUUGCACGAGUACAAAUGAAUGGAAAGACAUUUCACAAUGAACUGCAAGCGGACAAAAAAAGAGCAAAAAGAAACCAAAACAGAAACAGAAACAGAAACAGACUCAGAGACCGGGUGAAAAAAAGCGAUCGAACAAACGACGCUAAGUUGAGAUAAUUUUUACAAUUUGACAAUUUAUGCACGAUUGCUGCGGAAGCCUGAGAGCGGACUCUAGCUCCACGCGAGGACCUGGUCUAACUGGAGACCAAAUGGCCAUUGUGUAAUUAAUUUUUGCAUAGCAAAAGUUCUCUCUCUCUAUCUUGGCUUGGCAUUGCCAGAAAUGGUUGAUUACGCAGCUGGACGCGGCUGGGCUUCCUGAUGAGGACUUGGGAAUGGAAACUGGGAGACUGGGACUGCCUGCGGCUAAGAGACCCAGCAGCAAAUCUAUAACUGAAGCCGCAGCGUAACAAUUGCCCAAGACUGGCGUAGAUUAAUGGUCGAACGGCGGUACGCCGCUCCGUACUCAAGCUCAAGCCAUGAAUUCGAACGGCAAUUGGAAUAGUUUUCAGCGUUGGGCAAUUGCCAGUCGCACCGCCACCCACCACAAUCACAUUGGGGCAUAAUGUGUCCGACAUUCUAAUCAAUGUGGCGGGGCAGGGCGUUGUCGUUUUUGGACCCACAGACCCACAGACCCAUGGACGCACUGGACACAUCAAACGACAACCCAAUGACUGUGACGUCGACUCUGUGAUUGACGGCGUUCGUGUGUGUGUGAGAGUGUGAUUGCUUGAAGCUUAACCUUCAGGCCGGGGGUGACGCCCACACUUGGAAUUUACCCACUUGGCAGCAGCCACAGUCAGACACCAGCAGCACCAAACCAAAACCACACCACUAAUCCCUCCACACCACAAGUGCACUGGCCUGGCCCAAUACUCAUUCGUAUUAUUAAUCGAGA